AGUGAUUCUGAGUCUUGAUUGAGUUAUGAGUAUUUUUUUGCUUACACAAUACAACCAGCUGAUCCGGCGAGAUCUGUUGAGUCGUCUGAGUUUGUGAUAACGUUGUUAUUUUAGUUUGUUACGUUAAUGUUUAGGUCCAUGGUGAGCUACGACUACGUAUAAGUAACUAGAGGAUCGCAAGAAAGCAAAAAUUAAGGUGCAGAAAAAAAUGUCUGUAAAAGAGCCAGAACCAGUACAAGAAGUUACUUCACAGCAAUGGAUCUUCACAGUGUCAGUAUUAGAUGUAGGUCCCAAAGAGAAAGUGUGUAUUGCAGGCAGUACUCAAGAACUAGGUGAGUGGGACUACAACAGAGUAGUCAUAAUGGAUCAUGAGCAAGGCACAGACUUAUGGACGAAAACGGUUACAAUACCUAACACUUGUGACGUAUAUUAUCGAUAUGCAGUUUGUAUUCAGCUUGAGGACACAAAUGAUAUUACUAUACGUCGUUGGGAAACUAACAUACACCCCAGAGUUAUUAGUGAAAAUAUGUUGCAUCCUACAACUGAUAUUUUUGGUGAUUAUGAUGGCAGGCAUAAAGUUGGAUCUGGCUGGUUGACUGCUCAGACUCUGGUGCAGUUUAAAUUUGUCAACAAUCCUCUCAAGUUGAAGACUCGUCUGUCAGGCAGACUCAUGAACAUUAAAGUUACUCCAGUAAAAUUAUCCUUUGGGACUGAACCGCAGGUUGAAGACUCUUUAAGCACUGAUACAACAGAAGCAGAAAUGCCUACAGGUGUAUUCGUUGAUGUUUCUACACUAGAUAAUGAUCCUCUAGUAUGCAUUCCAAAACCUCAAGAACAAUUUGGAAGGGAGUACAAACCUAAUGAUGUAAUGCUGGUAAAUGUGGUAGCUCCUGAUCCUAAAGGUCUAGCUUACCUUAUAGACUUUUAUUCAUACAGUUCACGUGCUUCAUCAGAAGACCCACCAUGCCAUGUCGGUUAUACAUAUGUUCUCCCAAACAUGUUUAAGUUAUCAGAAGGCAGCUUAGAACUCCCUGUCACCUGCAAUGUAAAGCAUAGGCCCCUAGGGACAGUCAACUUUGAAUAUUUAAUAGUUCGCCCAAUGGCAGAAAAACUUUGUGACUUGCAAGUGUCUUAUACCAAACAUUGGGAUCCAUCCUGGACCGGAUUGGAAGUAGGGCAUCGUGGACUUGGGGCUAGUUUUAAAACUAAAGAAGGAAAUGCUAUUCGUGAAAACACAAUAGCUUCCCUAAAAAAGGCAGCUGCUAGUGGUGCAGACUUGCUAGAGUUUGAUGUUCAGCUGAGUAAAGAUUUGAUACCUGUUAUCUAUCAUGAUUAUUAUGUAUGUAUUUCAAUGAAAAGAAAAAAGGAAGUUGAAUUCACUGAAAUGCUAGAGUUGCCAGUGAAGGAUUUGACUUUGGAACACCUUCAAAAACUUAAGGUAUAUCAUCUUGUAGAAGGCCGAAAUCAUGAAAUACUAUUCUUUGAUGAAGAUUUAGAAGAGCACCAGCCGUUUCCCACACUGGAAGAUGCUCUAAAGAACAUAGAUUUACAUGUUGGUUUCAAUGUGGAACUAAAAUGGACCAUGGAGAUGGACGAUGGAACAUUUGAGUUGAAUAAUCCCUUCGAUAUGAAUACUUACGUAGAUAAGGUCUUAGAAGUCGUCUUAAAAAAUGCCAAGCAGCGCCGAAUAGUCUUCUCUUGCUUCAACCCUGAUAUUUGUACAAUGGUGCGAUUUAAACAAAACAAAUAUCCUGUAAUGUUUUUGACAGUUGGUAUAACAAAAAAAUAUCAACCGUAUCGCGAUCCCAGGUGUUUAUCAAUACCAGCCGCUGUCCAAAGUGCCGUUAGCUCCGACAUCUUAGGAAUAGUUGUACAUACAGAAGACCUACUCCGAGAUCCUACUCAGGUAAAACUAGCCACGGAUGCGGGUCUCGUGAUAUUUUGUUGGGGAGAUGACAAUAACGACAAGAAUACAAUCAAGAUGCUAAAGGAAAUGGGUUUACAUGCUGUGAUAUACGACAAAUUGGACCAGUAUACUACCAAAGAAGUUAAGGAAAGCAUAUUCCUUGUGGAAGCUCGAGAGUCGCAGCGCGAGCUGAUGCGGCUGGCUGCGCUGGACGACCUGCCGGCCACCGAGAGCUCGUCGUCGGUGCACACCGUCGUAGAGUCUGCCAAUCGGCCUUUCCUUGACCUCUCUGUUCGAAACAAAAUACAAGAGCGCUCCACGGUCACUUCCCUCGAGUCGCUCGCGUCGUCCAUCGAUCUCAGAGACGACCCAGCCGAUAAAAAUUUAAAACGAAACAGAGAUAACAAUGUCAUUACAAAUAUUGAAAAGGAGUCUCAAGUGAAAGAGCAACGAACUUCUUUUCGGGGUAUAUUUCCAGCAGGAGAUAUUUCAAAAGAGUGCCCUAAAAAGACACGUAGAAAUGAAAACGAGUAAAACUGGGUAUCUAUCCACAUACUUAGUACUAUAUACCGCAUAGUAUAGCUGAAUUAAAGAUAAUUUUUAAAAAGCGACAACCAAGUUAAAUAAUUCCUGCUGAUAUUUAAAUAUGUGAGCCACUGGAAAAAGAUCCUUACUAAACAAUUUUAUUGUAAUAAUAAAAAAUAUUUUAUGAUUAUGCUCUUACGAUAGCGAAACAAAGAAAUAUUUUAAGUAACUAAACUUCCAUGACAUAAUAUGAGUAGGUUAAUAAAUUAAUAUUGGUUUCGCUCAUCUCAUUAACAUUUGCCUCAUACAGGAUUCUUCUGACACGAUUGUUUUUUAGUUUACAAUGAAACUUUAUAUUUUGGAAGUAAUGGAUGGUGCCAUUUCAGUAUUUCAAUAAUAUAAAAAAUAAUUUAAUCGCUACUAAUGUCUGUAAACGACCUACUUAAUACCUGGAUUGCCGCAUAAUCUGCAGGAAUGACCGGUUGAGCCGCGCUAGUUAAUUAUUUUUUUUUGCUCAAUAAGUAGUUAUUCAUACUUGUGAUUAUCAUUUUCAUUCUAUUUAAUUUAGGGAAAAUUAAUUUAAAACAGGGUUAUCCAGCC